CGGCGCAUGCGCAGUGCAGCGAGGGGAGGGAGGUAAACAAGAUGGCGGCAGCCUUGAAGCAGCAGCAGCUGUGAAGAACAGAUGCGAGAAAAUAAACGAAUGAAGAGCAGAACCGGAGCAGAAACGCGAGUGUCCGUUCGUCGUUGAGCUGUGCUGGUGAUUGCAGCCUCAGGUCGGUAUUUUGGAUCUUGGUCAUGGAUUUCCCAUAAUGCCGAAGUGAAAUCGGUAAUCCUCACCAAAGAGAGCUUCUGGAAAGGAUGCGAGGUGUUUGGUUUUGCGUGUUUCUGCAGAGAUGUCCAGCGCUCCAGUGAUUCCCAGCGUCGGCUAACAAAGCCUCGGGACUAAAACGUCACACCAGCAGCAGAUUAUCAAAGACUCGUUGUUUUCGGUGAUUGUUUGGAUCUGUUCGUUUCACUGAGCGAUGCUUCUGCUGCGGUUUAACAGGCGUUUAUCGUUUGUAAUGUUGUUGUUCUGCUGACUGAUCUUCUCAAUCUGAACUGCUCCUCCGUUGCUUCGGAUCACCAGUAUUCCCGUCGAGCGAUCGGGGAAGAGCGCCGAUCGGCGGCGGAGAGCGAGAGGCCGGGGAAGAUGAGUGUUGGUGGGGAACUCCAGCAUCUGGAUUACCUGACGGAGAACGAGCUGAUGGGGAUGGACACCUUCAUCCACCGCAUCGACUCCACCGAGGUCAUCUACCAGCCGCGACGCAAGCGCGCCAAGCUGAUCGGGAAGUACCUGAUGGGCGAUCUGCUCGGGGAAGGGUCGUAUGGGAAGGUCAAGGAGAUGCUGGACUCGGAGACUUUGUGUCGCAGAGCCGUUAAGAUCCUGAAGAAGAAGAAACUGAGGAGAAUUCCCAACGGAGAGGCCAAUGUGAAAAAGGAGAUUCAGCUGCUGAGACGACUACAGCACAAAAACGUCAUCCAGCUGGUGGAUGUGCUGUACAACGAAGAGAAGCAGAAAAUGUAUAUGGUGAUGGAGUAUUGUGUCUGUGGAAUGCAGGAAAUGUUGGACAGCGUUCCGGAGAAGAGAUUUCCAGUAUUUCAAGCUCACGGGUACUUUUGCCAGCUUCUGGAUGGUCUUGAAUACUUGCACAGCCAGGGAAUUGUACACAAAGAUAUUAAACCAGGGAAUUUGCUGCUCACUACAGAUGGGGCGUUGAAGAUCUCUGACUUGGGUGUAGCGGAGGCGCUCCACCCGUUUGCGGAGGACGACACAUGUCGGACGAGUCAGGGGUCGCCAGCGUUCCAGCCCCCAGAGAUCGCCAACGGCCUGGACACGUUUUCAGGGUUCAAGGUGGACAUCUGGUCUGCUGGGGUCACGCUAUACAACAUAACCACGAGCCUGUACCCGUUUGAGGGGGACAACAUCUAUAAGCUAUUUGAGAACAUUGGGAAGGGUGACUACACUGUUCCAGAGGAGUGCGGCCCGCUGCUCUCGGACCUGCUGAGAGGGAUGCUGGAAUAUGAUCCUGUGAAGAGGUUUUCAAUACAGCGCAUCAGACAACACAACUGGGUGCGUAAGAAACACCCGCCCUCGGAGCCGCCGGUGCCCAUCCCACCCAGCGCAGAGACGCGCGACCGGUGGCGGAGCAUGACGGUGGUGCCGUACCUGGAGGAUCUCCACGGUUACGCUGACGAGGAGGAUGAUGACGAGCUGUUCGACGGCGAGGAUGACAUCAUAUACACUCAGGACUUCACCGUACCAGGGCAGGUCCUGGAGGAUGAGGAGGAUGAGGAAGAAGAGCGCGCUCCGGAGCGCACCUGUGCCGUGGCCAAACCGGUGUGUGUGAACGGGACGGAGUCGGCCGCACUGAAGCCCAAAUCCGAGCGGCGCUCCAGCUCUUCCUCCAAUCCCUCCAGGAAAGGCAUCUCCGCCGCCAGCAAGAUCCGCAAACUUUCCACCUGCAAGCAGCAAUGACCCGCUGCACACCUGCGCUCCUCUGUACAGGUUUAUGUUGUUUCCCAGCAGUCAGUUCUAAACGCUGUUUUCGACACACACUUCUGCAGUGAUGAUGAACUCAGACACACAGUGCCAGGACUUUAUCUGGAGCGGACUGACUUUACUUGAGAAUGCUGUUAAAGAGUGGAGACGUUUCCCACAAUCCUCCUCCGUGGCUGAAGAUCGUCCUUUCGGUUUCUCUGACCCGACCUUCCGUUUAGUUUUAAACCUUAGUCUUUUAAUUUACAGUCAUUACCUGCAGUUAAAGAUGCAGAUGGUUUGAUGUAAAGAGUGACACAGAGAUGAGUUCUUGUAGGGAAAUAUGCUGCAGAUGAUGUUAAAACUAAACUGCAUGCUGUGACGCGGACGGAGAGCUGCUCGCCACAGGACGUUUGGGUUCAUUUUCCCCAUUUGGUUUGUUUUUCCCAUUAAAUAUUUUUUAAGUAUUAUUUAUAUAAAACACAUCCCAACAGAA